GUUAAACACGUGCAAGUUGGGAUAGUCGAGAGAGGGAGAGUUCUGGUCGAAUGCGUAUAGGUCAGACGUGCUGUUACCUCUACGCGCAUGCAACUCGAGCUUGGCAUAGCAUUUCGAGUGUCGGUACGUGCGCAACGUCGUCUCAUUGACACAGAUCGGCUGAAAGAUUCAUCAUUCUGCAUGUAGUGAAGAGAGCAAAAGGCAACAACUGACGAGAUGGUGCCCGUACACGUGCUACUAGCGUUGACCCUUCUACCUUGCAUCUCGGGGCAAGAACACACCGGCGAUAUCGGUGUCGCUACACCCAGUGAACGCCCGGAUAAACCUCCAUUUUUUAAUGCUGGCGGGCCUGAUCGUCCGUCCGGACUCCCUAUAGACGUUCCGCCAUACUUUAACACAGGUGGCGGCGGGGCAGGUCGGGUGAUUAAGAGUGCAGAUGAGAGCGGUGCUCGUGAGAAUAAACCCCCGCCGAGCAGCGGCGCGAGGCAAUCAAAGCAUUACAGGGAAUCUCGACCACGAGCGGCUUCACCUUUCUUCUUCGGUCCCGCGCACUUCCUGUCUAGUGUAAACCAGCCUACCAUAGUUCCCAAUCCCUCAGACACAGAGAAGAAUGCGAACGACACGGAAAAAACAAUACCCGUGACUAUGGCGGAGCAGCAAGACGAAAAUAUCGACAAUGAGAAAGAAAACAGAAGCGAAAAUGCUGCUGCGAAAGGUCAGGGCGAAGCAGCGGCACAGAUCCCAGCAGAAGAGCAACAGAGUCCUGUACAGCCAGCGGGAGAUGAGACUGUUGAUGUAACAGAAAAUACUACAGCAGCGAUUCACGAAGAGCAAACAAUCUCUACUACUGGUGGCGAAACAGAGCAGCAGAUAACCACGUCAACCGAUAAAGUGGAAACAACCGAUGAUGUGGAAACAACCGAUAAAGUGGAAACAACCGAGUCCACCCCUGAUACAACCGGAGACAUAACUACAGUAGUGGAAACGAGUGAUACCGCAACCGAUGCAACAAAAGAUAUUACGACAGUAGCCAGUGACGAAACGGCGACUGAUGCGCCCUCUGCUGCAACAGAGGACAUGAGCACACCAGCUGCUGAUGAAGGCGAAACAAUCGAUGCUGUCACUAGUGCAACAGAGGACUUCACUACUGAAGACACUACUACAGAAGACACAACUACCGAAGAUACCACUACAGAAGACAUCACUACAGAAGACACCACUACUGAGGACAAUGAAGAGGGAGUAACCGAUGCGACCACUAUUCCCACGGAAGAGCCAGUCUAUGAAAAGGAAACGACUGAAGAUCCGGAGACUGCUGAGUUAGCCUAUGAAGAUGACAAUUCACGAGACCCACCAGUUAAUCUGUUUUCUGUUGAUGAGAAGGAUACCGAGACGCAAGAUGCGCAGCGAACAUUUAAGUACGCGUUUGCGCCGCCAUUGUUUUCUGCGAUAGAGCAAGAUGGCGCAGAGCAAAGCAAUGACCCAGCAUUUUAUCCUAUUUAUCCGCCCUUCUCAUCUUUCAUUGAAGAUGAAGCGAUUGCACCUCCACUCUCCUCAGCAAUAGAAAAUGAAGAUGCCGAGGAAAGAAAUGAUCCAGUUGAGCCAAUUUUUCCACCCGUGUCAUCGCCAUUCGAGGAGAAUGCACCCAGUGUUGAUAUUCCCUCUACUAUCGAUGAACGCAUAAAUGACAACAACGAACAAACAUCAGACAGAUUCCCUCUGACCAAUCCACGCCAAGGAAGGCGACCACGCCUACAUGACGUAAUAAUACCUGAUGAUAAACAGCCAAUUCAAGACCCGCUAGCAUUACGAUUGUCUGCAUUGACAACCAGGUUGAAUGCCAACGCAGACGAAGAUUCAUCACCUCUAGUAAUACCCGAUGAAAGACUUCUACCACCUGUCUUUGAUGAUAAGCCACCCACUGAAGGACACUCAGUAGAGGAAACUCCCUCGGAAACCUUCUCAUUUAAUCCAUAUCAACGUAACGAUGGCGAAAUUGCGUUCAACCCUUUCUUUGGUAGUGCUCCCCCACUCGCACCCGUGAAUGCACCACUGGAUGCACCUUUUGCAGAUGCUGUCUUUGCCCAAGGAGCACCAACGGUUGUGGAGACAGAGCCCUCUGACGCUAAAUCACCUGCCCGUGUUCACAGUACACCCGAUCUACCACCAAUGGUGAACUUUCCACGUGACGAGAUAGACGACAUUGAAGAGAGCGAUGAUACAAAUGAGAAUGAUAGGGACGAUCCAAUUAAAGAUCUCCCUCCAAUGUUUUCGCAAAAUGAGGAUGGAAAUGACAAACCAACAUCACCAAGUGUAAACGCGCCUUUCACGCCACCAAUAAAUCGAGGUCCUAUUCCGCCACAAUUUGGCAGCACGUCAAGAAAACAGUCACCCACUGAAUCAGAGGCAGACGCAACUGGUUUCGAUGCCUCAGCUCCAUUCAAUCCGUACGUUGGAACACAGUUCUUCUCUGAACAACCAUCAUUUAACCCUCAAGUGCGAGAUCAGCUACUCGGCUCGAGAACGGGUAACUCUGGGAGACAAACACCUCCUCUACCUUCCCGAGGAUCCCGGCCGGCAGUGACGGUACAAACACCAGGAAACCCAGAAGGUAUCCGCACAACAACGCCCAAUUUACGACACCAGAGGGCGGGACGACGCCAGCAACCACACCCUCAGUUUGAACAUGGUCAGGGGCAUCUUGAUCCACGGGAAACUGUACAAGGUCGAAGAAACGGGCGGCGGGGUGGGUUUGCACCUGAUUCUAGAUUUGCUGAAGAUACUGAUUUCAGUGCAGGUCCUGCAUAUGACUCAAGGUUUAACCCAAGGUCUGAUCCAAGGUUUGACCGGAAUUCAGGGUAUGAUCAGGAUACGGGAUUUGACCAAGAUCCGAGAUUCGCACAAGAUCCGAGAUUCGCACAAGAUCCGAGAUUCGCCCAAGAUCCAAGAUUCGCCCAAGAUCCCCGAUUUGCCCAAGAUCCGAGAUUCGCCCAAGAUCCGCGAUUCGCACAAGAUCCGAGAUUAGGCCAAGAUCCGAGAUUCGCACAAGAGCCGAGGUUUGUUGAAGACCCAAGGUUUGCCCAAGACCCAAGGUUUUCCCAAGACCCAAGGUUUGCCCAAGACCCAAGGUUUGCGGAGGAUCCUCGGGUUGGGCCAGACCCGAGAUUCCGACAGGACCCCCAGAGCCAAACUUUCAUCGAAAGGGGAGGAGAGUUCAGAAACACAAUGCGCCAAGAUUCGCGCGGAAGAAAAUUCGUCGCCAUGCCGCACGAAAACUUCCAAAGGGAGCAGCCGCCUCCAUCGUUUGCAGGCGGGCCUGGUUAUGUCGAAGACCGUCUGCCCCCAUACCCAGAACUAAACGGGGUUCCAUCGGAAGAAGGGCCGCCAGCCGUAAGAAUCGGUCCCGGAGUUAGAAUCACGGCUCUCACAUUUCCUCAAGGCGACGGGGAGUACAUUCCACGGGACUACGUAAGCUCGAACCGGAAUUCGGAGAGGCCACGCGCUACGGACGAAGCAGGCCGAGCAUUGCGACCGCGGGGCAGAGCCAGUGAGGGCAGCUUUGCAUCUAGUCCGUCGCUACGGCGUCGGCAGCAGCCGACACGAGGUCGGGUCGUGCUCAUUUCGCGCGACGGCACCGUCUACCUGCCACCAGGGGCCGCACGCCGUCCCACGGGCCGGGCUUCUUCUUCAAUCGGAGACAGCGCACGACUGCGGCUAGACGACCGUGAGAGGAGACUAGACGAAGAAGAAGACUUCGGCGACGUCAGGAGAGGACGACGACCUUUCCAGGGGGAGAUUACGUCUAUCAGACCGACGUCGUUCUAUGGCAGCGGUCCAGCAGACGCCCCACGGGAUAACUUCUAUUCACCCCGAGGACGCAGCCACGAAGGCCAACUCAGGGGAGAGUUCGCACCACCAGUAUCGCGGAGGUAUACAGCUGGAGGAGAGACGUACCCACUAGAGGCUCGAUACGGUGGCAGUGAUGCGAUGAGCCAGCAACGUGCGUCUCAGCUUGCAGCUCUCUUCUACAACAGAUUCCGUCGACCAGGCUUCAUCAAGACUACGCGGAUCGUGCUGUUUCGACCGCAGAGAACGCGCGUCUAUUAAGCAUGACUGACAGAUAACCUGUAGGCUGUGCUGUCAUGCACGAUGGGCUGGCGUGUGAAACACGCCAACCGCCGCCGGAAAAUAAUAAUAAUUUUAUUAUAAUGACGAAUUGUUAGUUUUGCACACAUCUGCAAUAACAUCAGAAACGCACACACGCACGCGACGCACACACACACACACACGCGCGCACACACACACGCGCGCGCGCACACACCACCCCC